AUGGGCCAUGUGCUGCCUCGCAACUCGGGGCCCUCCAAUUUCAGCCAUGGGUGGACCUCGGUCCAGGUGGCCAUAGUAGUUACGUUCUCCAUCACCUUUACCUUGUCAACAGCGUCCUUGGUUAUUCGGUAUGUGACCAGCGCGAUUAUUGUUAAGAAAUUAGAAAUCGACGUCAUUCUUAUCACGGUAGCCUGGGGUGCAGCAUUGGGCCACUUUCUCGGCUUGUUUCUGGCCUUUCCAUAUGGAUUGGGUCAACACGUCUGGGAUACUGACCCUGCGGAAUUACCGGAAUUCAAAAAGCGUCUAUUAGCCGCUCUCGCGCCAUAUGUCGUUUGUCCAGCAAUGACGAAGCUGGCCAUCCUCUCCGUUCUGUACCGCAUCAGCCCCGGCCGAUGGUUUCGUAUCUUCACGUAUUCCCUCGCCCUAAUAAUCAGUGUCUACACAAUAGUCUUUAUAGUCAUACUAGCUGGCCCUUGCAACCCCCUUGAACCCAGCGGCUCCACAUGCAUAGGCAUUGGUGCCAAAACCCAUGCGGCGCUCAACAUAACGACGGAUGUCAUUAUCAUCAUCUUGCCUCUUCCCACGCUUUGGAAACUGCAGAUGCCAUUCCGGAAGAAGCUGGUUGCAGGAGGGAUUCUAACCCUUGGAUCUGCGGUCUUACUCGCGUCCAUCGCUCGCGCUCCGUACGUCGCGAUGCUCGCCAACAACGGCGACUUUUACUAUACAUUAGCGAAAUCAGCUGUAUGGUCAAUGCUAGAGCUGAAUUUAGGAAUCGUCUGUAGCAACCUCAUGCGAAUGAAGCCCUUUAUCAGCCGGUACUUUCCAAGGCUCGCAGCCAGGCUUGGGCUGUCAUUGGACGAUUCUGCAGGCUACAGGGAGGGCACUACUGCCAGCCAUUCAACCAUGCGGUGGAUGAUCCAUGUACACCAACCGUUUUCGUCAACGCCAUAUCACCGCAGCCAGUUCUUGAGCCAUGCGCCGGCUUUCCCAGUCCGGACCAUUCCCGCAGGAACCAAAACGAACAACCAAGAAGCAAACUUGCCGAGGCACGCAGCUCCGGUUGCGUGA